AACAAAUAGUUUGAAUGCGACUGGAUCCUGCAAAAUGCCCCGUACAUCGGCUUCUAAGGGUAUUGAAGCCGCCCCGUAAGGGGGUUAGACCCCAUUUAGGUUCCGUCACUCCCCCCUUUCCCCAGAUUGGGCCAAGAUGGCAGUGAUGGAAGGUCCGCUUAGCAAAUGGACCAAUGUGAUGAAGGGCUGGCAGUACCGCUGGUUCGUCCUGGAUGACAGUGCCGGCUUGUUAUCGUAUUACACAUCAAAGGAGAAGAUGGUACGUGGGGCUCGGAGAGGAUGUGUUCGGUUGAAAGGAGCAGUUGUUGGCAUUGAUGAUGAUGAUGACUCCACUUUCACCAUCACUGUUGAUGCCAAGACUUUUCAUUUCCAAGCGCAUGAUCCAGAUGAACGAGAAAAGUGGAUUCGUGCUUUAGAGGAUACUAUAGUGAGACACACUCCUUCAAUCAGAAGAUGGGAUCCUAGCAAACCUAUGCCAACCAUGGCUGAUUUCGACAAGAAGUUGACGGAAAGUGAUGCUUACCUUCAGCUCCUUAUUGAUCAAACGUCAGUUUUGGAGAAACACAUAGCCUCCACGGAGGAUGAAGCUGAUCGCCAGCGGUGCCAGGAAGUUAUUAAUCACAUUAACACUGUCCUUGAAUCUAUCAAACACUCAAUUGUAUUACUUCAGAUAGCAAAAAACACAGCGUUUCCUGUUAAUGGUGUAUAUCAUCCCUGCAAUGCCAUCCCAGAGAGUUCCCCUUCAUCCUCUACUGUUGGAGGAAGUAGUGGAGGAGGUGAGAGAAUCUGUGAAGGAGUUGGAGGAGGUAGUAGGGGAGGAGGAGGAGCAGGAGGAUUAAUGUCCUCUUCUACAGGAGAGGCAGGAGGCCAGCUUUCUGUAGCUCCUGCAGUUCAUACAGGAAUUGAAGUAGGGAGAGAGUGUGCUGAGGCAGCUAAUACACUUGUAGGCAUACGGAGAAGAAGCCCAGAUCUACCUGCAUGGAGAAUGACAAAUUAUGGACUUUCGCCUUGGCUGUUAGAUACGGAUUGGAUGGUUGCUCAUGUACCUUGUCCCUUAGUCCCUCCAGACAACAUGGUGCCAGUAACCUCAUACUCCAGCUCGGAGGAUGAGGACUUUUUCGAUGCUGAUGAGUUCACUAAUGCUAGUCCAGCUCAGAGUCCUAGUGGGCCCCGAUUGUUUGAAGAUGCAGUUGAAACCAUUGCUGUUACUGGCACAAGUGAUGCCUCCAAUAGUGUUGGGGGAACGUCCAGUGAUCCAGCCUCACAGCAACCUCUCUUGGAACGAGAUUCUGCUGGUCCUGCAGAGCCUUCAGCCAUUCAAACUCAGCCAAGUGUUGCUCCUACACAUUCCCCGUCCAGUGCUUCAGUUCCUUUGGCAACUCAAAAUGCAUCAGAAAGCAGUGCUUCAGAACAACGCAACAGCGCGAGCGAUGCUACCAUGGAUUAUGAUCGUAUGUAUGAGGAUGAUGAUGAAUCGGAGUUGGGAUCCAUGGAAAAUCAUGGUUCUGUCAUACAUCAUCUACUGUCACAGGUGAAAAUUGGAAUGGAUUUAACGAAAGUUGUGCUUCCAACCUUCAUUCUUGAAAGGCGAUCUUUACUGGAGAUGUAUGCUGAUUUCUUUGCUCACCCUGACCUCUUCUGCAGCAUAGCAGACAUGCAAACACCUCAGGAUCGGAUGGUACAAGUCGUCAAGUGGUACCUGUCAGCCUUCCAUGCAGGACGGAAAAGUGAAGUCUGUAAAAAGCCAUACAAUCCAAUACUUGGGGAAGUAUUCAAAUGUUAUUGGGAUGUGCCUGGCAUCCCACCAGGAGGAGAGUCAGUACCUGAUGGUCCUAUCCCUUGGGCCACAACUAACAACUUGAGCUUCGUAGCUGAGCAGGUCUCACAUCAUCCUCCUAUUUCUGCCUUCUAUGCUGAAAAUAAAAACAAGCGCAUAUCGUUCUGUGGCCACAUCUGGACAAAAUCCAAGUUCCUUGGUCUUUCAAUAUGUGUAAAUAAUAUUGGCCAGGGUUGUGUAUCCGUUAUGGAUCAUGAUGAAGAAUAUAUACUCAAUUUUCCUAGUGGUUAUGGCAGAUCAAUUUUAACUGUUCCAUGGGUGGAGCUUGGUGGAACAUGUCAGAUUACUUGCAGCAAAACGGGUUAUAGUGGAAAUAUAGAAUUCUUAACAAAGCCAUUUUAUGGAGGGAAGAAACAUAGGAUAAGUGCAGAAGUUUUUAAUCCUGGGGAGAAGAAACCAUUUCUUACAGUGGAGGGAGAGUGGAAUGGUGUAAUGAAUGUCAAGUGGAAAGACAGAGAUGGGGAUCCAGAAAAGUUUGUUGAUACGUUCAGUAUGGGGACAGUAAAGAAGAAUGUGAAACCUAUUAUUCAGCAAGAAGUAAAUGAAUCCCGAUACAUGUGGAAAGAAGUUACGGCAGGGUUAAGAUUUAAUGAUAUAGAACAAGCAACGGCUAGUAAGUUUGCCUUGGAGCAGAAGCAACGUGAGGAAGCAAAGCAGCGAAAGGAGAGUGGCGUUGAGUGGGUGCCAAGAUUAUUUCAUUUGGUAGGCGAUAAUUGGAUUUAUAGCAAUCCUUUACAGGGGCGGACAGCUGUUUAGCCAUGACCUUUAAAAGUCAUGUUAAGCCCGUCACAUCGUUAAAUCAAACCAGAGUCUGUGCUGUGCAACAGCUUUUUGACUUUUGAAAUCAUAAUGCCAGACUGACCAAAAAUUUGUGAAACCUUAUCAAGUGUCCGUGUGCGAGGUCACGAAGACAUUACCUAUGCAAACUUUUAACUUGCAAAAAUUAUCAGUAGCUCUUGUGGCAAUACUUGGUUUACAUAUCAUGUUCCUUUCAGGAUUUUUAAAAUUUGUAUUGGAAAACCAGUUACAAACUGUUUCCAUCAGCUUUUGUAUAACACAUAUGUUAUGUGAAAAUUUUAGUACUUUAAUUUUUCUGAGUGACUCAUAAAAGUUGACAAUUUUGUUGAAUAUGAACCAGUGAAAGACACUGCUGUGCAUUGAUAGUCCCAUCAAGCUCAAGUCAUAAUAUCAGGGUUGCCUUCCAUCAGAUGCAGAUGAGAUAUGUUUAGAUGGUCAUAGGAUUUUCAUCUGAAAAUUGUGAAACAAGAUACGUACAUAUUGUGUAAGCAGUGGAUCUGCCUUCUCCGAACUGUCAAGUACUUUUGAAACUCGCCCAUCCAUAGUCAUAAAUGCUGUGAAGUCACUUGUAGCACUUAAGUGAUUUUAUUAUGAAAAUGUCAACCCUAUGCAUAGCCCCGAGGUCAUAAACUGUGGACUUCAAGUGUUGAAGUGCAGGUUCAAAUUGUACUAAUAAACUGGCAGUUCUGUAGUUAUUGUAGCUGUGAUUAAUAUUUUUAUAAAUAUGACAUUUUGAUGUCUGCUACCUGCCAGUGUUUUUUUAGCUUUGAAUAAAUGAGAGAGAUACUUCUUUAGUGUAAAUAAGUAAUUAAAUAAAUGCAAUACAUUUCUUACAUAGAAAUCCUCGAGA